GGCGGGCUGAUCGAUGAAUUUGUGGCAUCCGGGUAGCGUUUGUGUGCGUCUGUGCAAAGAAGCAUCGCUCGUAACGACCAGCUGGAGCGUCGAAAUUACAUUUUCAUGUGUAGAUCGGUCGGUGGAGGGCAAAAACGCUCACUGAAAGCAUUUUAAGGUAUAACUUUCGCGGUCGAGAACCAACAGCCGUGGCGUUGCGUUAGCUGGAAGCUCCACAGGCAGCCCGCAGUUGAAAAUAGUUGUGAAAAGAGAAAGAAAAAGGAACCCAGUUCAAACGAACAUAAACUAAUAAUACUCUCACGAUGGAGUCCACAAUGCUGCUUCAGCUGGCCGGAAUGAUGCUGUUGUUCAUCGUACCGUAUACAGCCAGCGUUAAAGAUGUUCCUGUCGUGACGAUGGAGGCGCUCGUCGGCGAGACAAUCUAUCUGCCGUGCAACGUCAGCACGCACGAGCCGGGUGACAAUGUCGUGCUGGUCCUGUGGUACCGGGAAGAUAAAGGAUCGCCCAUAUACAGUGCGGACACGCGAGGACGUGACGUGUCGUCGGCUAAACGCUGGUCGGACGACUCCAUGUUCGGCGAUCGCGCCUACUUCCAGUUCGAGAAGGAACCGGCCGAGCUGGCCGUGCAGAAUGUCCGCGAAACCGACAGCGGCAUGUACCGGUGCCGGGUGGACUUUAUCGUAGCGCAAACUAGGAAUAGUGUCGUAAAUCUAACAAUAAUCGUCCCGCCGGAGCGGAUGGUGAUACGUGAUCAGCUCGGGAUGGAACGCACGACGGUGGCCGGUCCGUACAGUGAAGGAGACAACAUAAGGCUACGGUGUGACGUGUACGGUGGACGGCCAACACCGACCGUGUCCUGGUACCGGGAUGGCGUACCGAUGGUUGCCGAAACCAAGUACAUGCCGGUUGGGAAGCAUCUGCGCAGCGAGAUCGCACUUGGACCGCUCACACGGCAGGAUCUGCACACGAAGCUCGUCUGCCGGGCGACUAACCACGCCCGGGCCAAUCCGGUGGAGCAGUCCGUCCAGAUCGAUAUGAACUUUGCUCCACUCAACAUAAGACUGAUCGGCGCCCAUCAACCGUUGUCGGCCGGCCGAAGAUAUGACCUCCUGUGCCAAAGUGCCGGCUCGCGGCCCGCAGCGUCCAUCACCUGGUUCCUGGAUGGUGUGCGGCUCGACAAAAGCAAGGAAACCACGUCGGCUGACGGCAACCAAACCACGAGCACACUAUCCAUCGUCCUGAACCGGACCGAUGCGGGCAAAUAUUUGUCCUGCAAGGCGUACAACACCUACGUCCAGUCUGACGCUCUCGAGGACGGCUGGCAGCUCGAUAUCCAGUACGUCCCUGACGCGCUGGUAAGGCUCGGUAGCUCCUUAGACCCGGACGCGAUCCGUGAGGACACCGACGUGUACUUCGACUGCAUCGUUAAGGCGCACCCGGCCGUGUACAAGGUCGAAUGGAAGCACAACAACAAAACGCUAACACGCAACAUAUCGCAGGGUGUCAUCAUCAGCAAGCAUUCGCUGGUGCUCCAGCGCGUUUCCCGCACCACGGCCGGCAACUACACCUGCGUGGGCUUUAAUGCCGAGGGCGAGGGCAGCAGUCCCAUGUUCGAGCUGAACGUGAUGUAUGCACCGACUUGCGCCCCAAACCAACCGCGCGUGUACGGCGUGGCCAAGCAGGAAAACGCCGAGAUACGCUGUGUCGUCGACGCCAAUCCACCCGACGUCGAGUUCAAGUGGACGUUCAAUAAUUCAGCCGAAAGUAUCGACGUCCAGGCGAGCCACAUUUCGAGACUCGGAACGUCGUCGAUCGUCUCGUACACGCCGAUGACCGAACUGGACUACGGUACGCUGCUCUGCUCAGCGACCAACAAGAUCGGCAAGCAGCGACAACCGUGCGUUUUCCACAUCAUAGCCGCAGGACGCCCGGACCAAGUGCACAACUGCACGGUGGCAAACGUUUCGAUGACCUCACUGGCCGUGCGGUGCUACGAGGGCUUCAACGGUGGCCUAGCGCAGUCCUUUUUCCUCGAGCUGCGCGACAGCCACACGCAGGAGAUGCGCUUUAACAACACGUCGCCGGUGCCGCGUUUCACCGUGCCAAAUCUACACCCGAGUGCCGCCUACCAGCUGGCGGUGUACGCGUUCAACUCGAAGGGCCGCUCGGAACCGUACGUCAUGAGUGCUGCCACCCAGCGGUUGCCCGAGAAGCAGAUGAAGGACUCCGAGAAGGUCGAACGGCCCCGGUCUCCGUUGCCACUAACGCCAACGCUCUCGAUCGCGAUCGGGCUCGCAGCUGCCGUGGUGAUUGGCAGCUGUGCCAUCGUGCUGGCACUGAAGUUUCCGUGUGGGGCCAGUGGACGCCGGAAUAAGGAUGCCGCUCAGGGUACGACCGUAAGGACGUCCUCGCCUGGACCGAGUGAUAAGAGCGUCGCCAGCAAGGACUACGACGGCAAUGAGAGUGACGAGAAGAACCCCGACGUUAUCCCGGACACCAUCGAUUCGGACGAUCAGAUGGAGUACAUCAAGCGACGACAACACAUAUCGACCAUCGACACAAGCAGCCCAAGCCGGCUGUUACUGACGACCACGGCCCCGAACCAGGCCUUCAUGGGUUCCUCAAUGGCGGCCGCUCUACACGCGAAUCACGCCUCCACGCUGGGCUAUUGCACGUUACGCAACGGUGCACCACAACCCUCCAACUCCAUCACGAACGUGUCGAUGUGCCACGUGCCCUCGACCUUCGCAGCAGCCUCCCACACCACCUGCACUCUUCCCCGCCACCCAGCAUCCAUCGGUGGAUCCGGUCCAGGACCUCUAGUACCCGCCGGUCACCAUUGGCCGUCGUACGGAGGCACGAUCGCUGGCGUGCGCAAUAUUACGGCCAUUUCGGUCACAAGCCAGCAGGGUUCACCGGGAGCAGCAGGAGCAGCAGCAGCACCACCACCACCAUCGACCAUCGCCAUGCAGCACCUGGGACCGGGCGGACGUGCGCGUGUCUGCAUCGGACUGCCCGAGGACGAGGUGUCCGCCGAUACGCCGCUGAUGAUGAAACGCGAGAGCACCGUAUGA